AUGCUGCUCUGGCCAUAUGUGCUCACCAAAAGUGUCUCAUCCCAACUGCAAACUGCAGACAGUGCCGCUCUAUCUACAGGGCAGGUAGAAGGGCACCCUCAUGUGUCGAAGCGGUCGACACAGAACUGUGAAAGCACAUUUGACGAUUACUGCCUGAACAACGGCCAGUGCAUGCUGCUGGUGGACAUCGAUGAACACCACUGCAAGUGUGAGAAGGGUUUCUACGGCCACAGGUGUAGCCAAACAGAACUUGUCGUUCAGCCAAUGGUAGAAAAGCAGAUAAUUGUCACUGUUUUCUGUGUGAGUCUGCUGAUUAUAGGUCUGGCUGGAGCUCUGUACUUCUUCUGCAAAUGGUAUAAAAAAAACAGAUUCCCACGUCAGCAGAAGCUGCAAGGUUACAAAGGAGUACAGACUGCUUAGAGUGCCACACACGCCCACCGCCCCUGCAACUGGAAAAGGCAAACCAGGAUUUUUUCCCCCCAGUUUUCUAAAUAAAGAUUUUGACAUGACCUUACCUGACGAGCUUACACUCUGUCGCUUGUUUACAGGAUUGUUCCUACUUGCAGUACUGUACGUCACACAGCUUUGGAUCACUUGAUCAAGGAGGCAGAUCGGCACAAAGAGUUUAAAGAGAUUAAAAUGUUCAAAGAAACCGACCUAUGAAACAGCUUUGUCUGCAGUUGUUGUUUCCAGUUGCGCUGGUUCUAGUGUUUCAGCACCUGCCCCCCUCAUGUUUGAAAAGAUGAAUGGUGAGACACAAAAACGGGUUUCUGUUGGUGACAACCCCCACAAUGAUGAUGGGUCAUGGAAAAUCCAUGGAGAAAUGUGAAAGUCUAAACAAAUAUUAAGGGUAAGAGGGCACCAACAUGACUGUGAUCCAUGCUUUUAGAAAGUAAGUCUGUAAACCUAGAGGUAAACCUACUUGUGUGCUUUUUGAACUUCAAAGGCAACAAGCCACAGCUUAGCACCAGAUUUUACUGAAUUUGGCAGACAGUAAUGGCCACAAUAAUGACCAUUACCAUUAAGCAGUUAUGAUAAAGUGUCUUUAGGCUCUCUUUUUUUGCCAGUUAAUGUGAGACUGAGUUUUGAGGUUCCCAUCACAUCUAUUAAACCAGCCUCAGAGAUGAAAAGGAAAACUUAUUUAAAACAAAAUAAUCAAGUCUUAACCAUCUAUUGUCUUUUAAGCCUUGAUUUUUAUUUUUAUCUAACAUUUUUGCCUGUGUUAGCUUGUAUUUAUUGUUGGUUUGUUUGACCUUUGUAGCUUUGUAACUACUGCCGUUAAACUGGCCACUGUUCUGUGUUUUAUUAUAUUUGUAUAGUCGCAAAGUAUUCUCAUUUUGAUAAUUUAUUAUAGAGUAUAGGUGUAUAUGCUUGAAUCUGUUCGGGAAGUUCUGUUACUGUUAAAAUUAAUACAACUUGAAUCUUUUACACCUUUAUGAACUUUUUUUCUGUGUCAUUGACUUUGGUUUUACUUCAUAUGAAGGGUGAGAGUUUUCACAUUUUUCUCAAGUCUUUUUAGUUUCCGCAUUUUUCUUCCAUGUGAUCAGUAGUUCUCUUGAAAGAAAAUAUGUCUUUACAAGCGCAUGAACAUCCCCAUGACCAAAUGCUGCACAAUGACUGUAAUGUUUUUGUAUACAUGACAUUUUUGUAAUGGCAGAAUUAUCUGUACAUGUGCCAGAAAAACAUGUUUAAUAAACUAUUAUUCAAAGCAAA